AUGUCGGCCAGUUCACCUUCAGCAGAUACAGGGGGCCCAACCCGGGCCCAUAAGCGUUGCCGUCGUAACUCAACCUCGACUGGGGACGAUCGGCAAGCACCCAAGCAGCGAGCACAGCGCAUUACUAUGGCAUGCGAGCGAUGUCGGAUGAAAAAGCUCCGCUGUAUGGGCGGCCAUCCCUGCAGUGGGUGCCAGCGAGCUAAGGCCGAAUGUGACUUUGGCAACCGGGCAUGGGAGUCUCAGCAGAAUAGCUCCCUAACGAAUCAACGACUUGCCCAGCUUGAGAAGACAAUUGCAGGAUUGGUAAUUGACAUAAGUCACUUGGCUCGUACACAGCCAGCAGGCGUCCAUAUUGAGUCUUCUGCGCGCGCCUCGCCAUCCCAACCUCAAUAUCAACCCAGUUUGGGUUCGUCAGUCAACCCGACAGGCGCCAGUCAUCAUGUAUCUGCAGUUGAAGAAGCCAGAGACGUUCCUUGCUUGGGAACUCCGCCUUUAUCUGAUGCACAGACAACUGCAGUGGUUCCACAAAUGUCGUUCGCGUCAGAAUCUCAUCCCAGCCCUCUUGCUCCAAACCAAGUGGCGGAUAUGAGGCCUGAAUUAAUCCGCAGCCCUUCUGUCGAUUCGAGAACGUCAGAAAGGCUCGAGAGCCGUUGGGACGCUUUGCAAAAGAAUACGGCGCCUUUCCCUCCCUUGAUGUCUCACCCUACUGCAUGGUCUGGUAAGCCGUCAAAUACCAGCCCUGAUGAUUCGGCGAGCCAGGUCGCUCUCGGUAUGACGCACUACAAGGCUCAGGUACACUUGCACAGUGAACCACUCUCAGAAGGCAUCGUUAGUGAGGUAGUAGCGAGGGCACUUUUUACCUUGUUCUUUCAGAAAUGCCAUCCAUCUUUUCCCCUCCUUCAGACGUCUACGGACCUCAAAGGCUAUUUUGAUCAAAUCCGAUCCUCAUCACCAUUUCUAUUGACUAGUAUACUUGCAGUUGCCGGUCGUUAUUACACUGGUUAUCGAGGGACGCAGCUUGGCAUAUCAGAAUUACCGCCCAUCGCAGCUACAUCCCUUGGUGCCCUCGCCGAUCUUGCAUGUGCACACCUAGGUUUUGUUCUUUUCCGCAAACAGCAUCAGUUAGCAGAUGUGCAAGCUGUGUUGCUGCUCUCCGUAUGGAUACCACGCGGCAGAGGUCAAUCGGCAGAUCAGUGGAUGGUUUCAGGGCUAUGUACCCGCUUGGCGUAUCGGAUUGGAAUACCCGACUUGAUUGAGAGUCCUGCUGUUCUACGUCUAGUCAACUCACCCAACCUCGACGUUAACGAUGUGCGCGAAAUCGAGAACAUUCUACCACAGUGGCACACUUGGUUGGUUAUUAAUCAGUACGAUACGUCGCUUAGUCUUGGGUUCGGCCGACCCCACAUGUUGGCUUUGCCGCAUGCAAGUCCUCGACAAUAUCUUGCCAUGGCACGCAAGCUGGGAUCUUCAGCUCGAAUUGAUCUGACGGCUGCAGCAUACGUUACUAGUCUGGUAGAGCUUUCCGCUAUAACUACCGAUUUGAUUACAGGUCUACGCAACGCUCGCUUGCAAUCAAUUCUCUGUCAAGGCGACUCUCAGCCUGAUACCACGGUAUGGACUAGGGUUUGGACCCUUUUAUCCGACCUUAAUCCGCGAUUAGAUGAAUGGCAACGCCAAUGGACAUGGGGUGGUUCUUACGAUGCUAUUGCCCUGGGGACAUAUACCAAACUGGUGACGAUCUAUGGAGAACACGCGCGAUUGUGCCUAAACUCCGUUUCAUUAAACCUCAUCUUGUCCAAUGCAAAUGAAGAGAGCCAGCAGGAUAAGAUGCCGUACCUAGCAAGAGCUUGCGAAGCAGCAAUUUCCAUCGUUCAAAAUCAAGUCGACCCGUCUGGUCCAGAGCCGUUUGUUCGAUAUGGCGCGGAUUAUAUAGUCCUCAUACUCUGCCAAGCUGCUGUAUUCUUGGUCCGAAUGCUGGCUGCCCGGUUCAACCAGACUCUACCAAUUGAGAAGCCUGUCUUGCUGCACUACCUAAAAACUGCCAUCGACCUCAUGGAGUCAAACGACAUAUCCACAACCGGGAUCUGUGGCUGGAUGGUCCAAUUGAUUCGCGACCUCGCGCGUUAUGCGGGCGCCUCCCUUGAUAAUGAAGGCGAUACGAUAAACAACAGCUUGACAGUGCCAGAUCUCAACUUCCAAGACGCAGAAUGGGACUUUGAUGUAGGCAUCCUUCUAGGCCAAACCAUGCCGGCCGGAGAAACAGGCCUGGACCUUAGCGGAUGUUUUGACUUUGCCCAGUCCUUUUACCCUCAGCACCCAGAGUCUAUGGUCCACGGGAGGCCGAACUCUGAUUGA